UAUAUAAUUAUGGAGCUUCAGAUUUAUCAUCUUUUUGGCUUUUAUGGAAUAUUUUGCAUGUGGUGUAACUUUGCCACAGUUGAGGCCUUAAUCGGAGAAAAUGUAAGAUUAGCUGGAGAGUCCGAGUUUCCAUUUAUCGUAGCCAUUAUGAGAUAUGUUUUAGAAAAUAAUAUGCGAAGAAAUUAUAUAUGUGCUGGGACACUUAUUUCUAGAAAAGAUAUUUUAACUGCAGAACACUGUUUGACAGCUCAACAUCUUACUGGUAUUUAUGUACUAGCUGGAUCUAGUAACAUAGAUCAGACUUAUAAAUAUUAUCCUGAAUGGUGGAUAACGUAUGAUCAGUGGGCCAAUAGUAAUAAUCACGUAAUAGAAAUUGCUGAUAAUGACAUUGGCAUUGUAAAUUUACUUCAGCGUGUACCACGUACAAUCGAACCGGCACACAUUUUUAUUAGUCCGAUAGAAAGUUUAUAUGGAUUACAAGUUCAAACCGCAGGAUGGAGCAGCAUACAUUGUAAUAUUUUACAAACAGCUGAAAUGACUAUUACAACAACAACAAUCUGUGAACUUAGGGCUUCGAGAAUCGCAAAGCGACAAGUUACUAUAAACAACAGAACACUUUGUACCAUCUCCAAUCCACAGAUAGUAUUGACGGAUGUAAGUAAUGUUUUCUCACUUCAUAAGGUAACGAAAAAAGGCGUUUUUUCUUUUUAAGUAAAUAACAUAGUCGCAGCGAACGUGCAAAUCGUCUCUCCCGAUACUGCAACAUGAAAACGUUUAUUUAUAACUAAU